CACACGCUACCGCAUGCAUCUUUAGACGCAAUGUAGAGGGUCGCGGUCCUGGCUGUAAAUAGAGCAAUAUCCGGAACUGAACAGCGGACUGCACCAUUGCUUUUUAGGAUAUUUCAUUUAUCGUGGAAAGUGUCUUAAGAGUAACCAAAACAGAAACAUAGCUAAAUAGCCAGUUUAUUAGGAGCUAACAGCCCCAGGAAGACAUAAACGAACUGCAGCCAUAUUUAGCGUCUUCAAGACAUUUUAUCAAGUGCAUCGGAACAAUGUCACUUUACCCGUCGUUAGAGGACAUGAAGGUGGAUAAAUUCAUGCAGGCCCAGAGUGCUUAUGCGGCAAGCCCAUCAAAGCCAGCUGCACUGCCAGAGGCAUCCAAUCUCACUUCUGUUGAGGAGAGCAAUGGCCUUUACCCCAAACUGUACCCAGAGCUGACAGAGUUUAUGGGUCUGAACCUCACUGAGGAAGCUGUGCGCCAGGCUUUCUCAGUGGUGCCUGUGGAGGACUACUCUGGGCAAGUUGCUACAAGGUCAUCUGCUCUGAGUUACAUGACUGCCCCAAUUACGGGGAAUGACUGUGGAGUCCGCAGAGCUGAAAUCAAGCAGGGAGUGAGAGAGGUGAUCUUGUGCAAAGACAACGAGGGGAAGAUUGGAUUGCGCUUGAAAUCUGUGGAUAAUGGUGUGUUUGUCCAGCUGGUGCAGGCAAACACAGCCGCUGCCCUCGGAGGCCUUCGCUUUGGGGACCAGGUGCUUCAGAUCAAUGGAGAAAACUGUGCAGGAUGGAGCACAGACAAAGCCCAUAAGGUGCUGAAGAACGCACCUGCUGAGAGGAUAGCAUUUGUGGUGCGGGAUAGGCCAUUCGAGCGCACAGUCACUCUGCACAAAGACGCCAACGGACAGCUGGGCUUCAUUUUCAAGAAGGGAAAGAUAACCUUCAUCGUUAAGGACAGCUCUGCUGCCCGAAAUGGACUGCUCACUGAUCACCAUAUUUGUGAAGUGAAUGGACAGAAUGUUAUUGGCCUCAAGGAUCCCCAGAUUUCUGACAUUCUGAAUUCUGCUGGAAAUGUAAUCACAGUAACUGUCAUGCCUACGGUAAUCUUUGAGCACAUGAUGAAAAAGAUGUCCUCCAGCAUUGUGAAGAGCCUGAUGGACCACUCAAUCCCAGAAGUAUAAAGUUCAGUGUGAUGUGUUGCAGCCAUACUAUAAGGAACCUUUUUGCUGGGAUUUUACUAGUCCCUGCUUCUCCACUGCUUUCUGCCCUGAGACAGCCCACAAAUCCUGUCUGUAUCCCGUACAUGAGUAUUUGCCUCAUUUAAGAAGUGUUCUACAGCUACUGAGUGAAAAUCUGUUUAAUGUGCAUUGUGCACAUGGAUGCGCACAAACAAGUUCAACUACUCCUUUCUUCAACAGAUCGAUCUUGUCCGUUAAAAAUAUCCAGUAUUUCAUUACAUACGUUUCAGUUGCUGUCUGCAUAAAUCAAGUUGCUCGUUAGGACAGGAUGGUUUAAUGAUGUUGUUUUACACAGAGGGUAAUUUUAACCUUUGUCUGCAUUUAUUUAAUUACUUAUUCAUUCAUUUAUUCAUGCCUUUAUUCAUGAUCUGUCUACUUUUGCCUUUUGUUUAAUAAACCCAUUCUAGGGAACUGCUUUGUUAUUUCAUCAUUAAUGCGUGUAAAGAGGUAAUAAAUGCCUUGCUACAUAUAGCUUUAGGUUGAGUAAUUUACAGCAAGCUUUAUGCCAUAGCUUUCAAAUGUUGAAUUAGUAAAUUAUGUUAUUUCAGUGCUUGUGUAGAAAUGCACAACAGUAAUUUCAAAUUUUCUCUGAAAGCCAUAAAAGCAACAACAAACAACAAAAAAACAAGUUUUGUGGUUGAUGUACUUUUAUACCUAAGAGAUAGUGCAUUGAUCCCCUGGCAAAAUAGGGUUUGUAGUUUCAAAUAGAUGAAUACUUCCGAUGAUGAUUUUAGCACACACUCUUAUGCAAUGCCUUAUAAGUGUGCAUCAUCUGUGAAUGUCACACUCAUUCCACAGUUUGCCAACACUUUUAUUGUGCUGAAAUUCUAUUUAAAAGUGACUACUUACCGCACAUGGAGUAUGGUUUUAAAGUUGGUGCUAUAUUUGACCGGGGGUAAUUUGGAAAUUACAGUAGUAAUUGAGUAUUUACCACUACCAACUUUCCAUAUAUAAAAAUCAUAGAGCAUGCAACAAAAAAUAACAGAAGUCCAUAUGUCUCAUUCAUUUCACCCAAUUAUGAUUUUCAAAGCAUGUAUCCAAUUAGCAAAACUGAAUCAGUGUAAUGUAUAAUGUGUGAACAUUAAUAA